AGCUGCAGAGCCGGUCGCAAGAGGCGGCUCCUUGGAGCCGUAGCGGGAAUCGUCGAGCCGGUCUAACCGCGAGAUGAAGUUGGUAGCUUUGGCGCUUUGGUGACACCACUUGUAGACUCAUAGCUGACACCAUUUUUUUUUCAGCGUGGUGUGAUCACACCAGGCGGGAGCAGUGUUUACAUAGCGCUUCAUUUAAACAGCGUCGACAAUUUUAAGUCAAGCGGUUAGACUAGCUAGUUUCGCACCAAGCUGCCCUAUGCAACGUCCCGUCUCGCAAGACGAUGCCGCCACAAUCAAAUUGUCUCUGCGCUACAGUAUAGAAAUUGGGAUUUCUGGCAGGGAGCCGGAAAAGACAGCGACGCCGAUGGCAACGAAGGUGUUCCGUGCAGUCAUCAUGGGUCCCCCGGGAUCGGGCAAAGGCACGAUAUCGGAGUGGAUCGUGCGAGAUUUUGCACUCAAGUACCUCUCUUGCGGAGAACUUAUGCGCCAGAACGUGCGGAAUAAGACACAGCUUGGUCUGGAGAUGGCGCCUCACAUGGAGAAAGGGCACCUGGUACCUGAUGAGGUGGUCACGAAGUUUAUCCUUCAUGAGAUCAACAACACCUACAAGAAUGAACAUUGGCUGCUUGAUGGUUUUCCUCGCACUGUGCCACAGGCAGAAGCACUCUACAAGGACACAGAGCUGUCUUGUGUGCUGAAUCUGGCUGUACCUGAGGAAGAAAUCACGAAACGAAUUGAGGGGCGCUGGAUCCACGCUGCCAGUGGUCGAACGUACCACACGGAGUUCAACCCUCCCAAGGUGCCCUUCAAGGAUGACGUCACUGGAGAGCCACUUGAGCAGCGUGCUGACGACAAACCUGCUACGGUGCGGGCCCGUCUGGUGGCCUAUCGAGCUCAGACUGAGCCCCUGCUAGCCUACUACGACAAGAAGGGCCUUCUGCACGAGUUCCACGGUACGAAGUCCAAGGAGAUCUGGCCACAUGUCUACAAGUACCUCAGCAGCGUUCGCAAGCCUGUCCGUGCACUGAGCUUAGACUGAAGGAGUGCGUCGCAUGCAGUCGGUAUUGGUGGUGGCAAGUCAUGUCACAUUGUUGACUGGUUGCUCCUUCAAAGAGGCCUUGGUGUCAAAACAGUGGACAGGCUUACGGCAUGCAUGCACUCCAAAAUGUCAUUCCUCAUUGAAGAAGCCUUCUCGGGCGAGCCUUAAAACGCCGUAAAUUAGCAUCUGGCUAAAGGUCAGUGAAAAUCGUGUUUUCUUCGGACUGUUAAUGCGCUCGACUAUGCUUAGGACAAGUUUUGAUAAGCGAAAUUGUUUGAGAAGCCUAAGAGUUGGACACUUCUGUUUACUUCCCAUAAAUUGAGGCACACUGUGCACACUGGCUAAGCCAGUGUGAGCAGUAUUUCAAAAGGACUUGUGCACUUCCCGUGAGCGCAAUAUUUCUUUCUCAUAAUUCUCUAGAGUCUCGAGCAUUGACACAAUGACAAUUGCUUCAACGAAGUGAACUAGAUGUUAUGCCACACAAAAGUGAGCAUUUUGGCGAAUACAGCCUCAGUAUACAGUCACCGUCUGAUUUUUCGGACUCCCUAGGGGCCGCGAAAACGUCAGAAAAAUCGGGCAGUCCGAAAAAAUGAAUCUAUACAUUUUACUACCUCCCAUGGCUCAAAUUGCCACAGGCAUGUCCGAAAUAGCUUUGAAGGCGUGUGAGUACACUUACUAGGCCUAUCGGUGCUCGUGCUGCGACAGGAGACGGCGGGUGCACGAGUGCAUAAUUAAGGAAUACAUACAGUGUUCCAUGACAAUUGCCCCCUUCCCAUUCUUAGUAUGCUUCACCGUGUAACGCCGCUGUAUUGAGGUGAAGCUGACCUUUCGGAACCCGAUUAUCAGUGCAUUUUGCUUUUGGAGGUUCGAAGCCAUUGGCGAAGAUUACAAAGGCGGAGUCUGCGUCAUUGCUGACACACCGCUGAAUUCUUUCAAUGACAAGCACAGCACUGAACAGCAAGAAACUUGGUAGCGAACGUCGAAGCAGGUAGUCCUAGCGUUGCCACCACCACGGUGAUCUGCACGCGAGAGUGUAGGUUCGCAGAAGUGACGUAAUAAAAAUGGCGGCGGAGGUGGUUUCGAUUAAUGCCGUUUCGGACCUGCGGUCAUGGCAACAAGUUCGGAAAGUCAGAUGGCUAGAGGUCUUUGUGUCCGAAAUUUCAGACAUUCUUAUACAUUGACUCAGUGAGGUAUGUGGUGGUGGUGGUGCGAAGACGUCCGAAUUAUUGGGCAUGUCUGAAAAAUCUGGCUUCCUCAAAAUCGGUCGUUGACUCUGGUUUUGUUUUAAGCUGAACAUCUCGUAUCAUGAUGAUAUACGAAAAGAACAUUUUAUUAAAGGAAGGCUGCUAUAACUGUGAAAUGUGGCAGUGGACAGUGAAGUCCAUCUUGGAUUCAUACCACUAUUAAUAUGGUUGCUCUUCUCGGGUGAACAUUCUUGAUCAUAUCACUUGCCCACUUAAUUUUUUACACAUUUCUGGUCUUCCAUAGUUUGCAAGUUCAGUGUUUUAGUGAUCUUAUGUUUAAAAGCCCCUCAAUUAUUAUCUUUUCUUUUUUCAUGACUGAUUCUUGUGGCGUAAGCUAUAGUCUCAAGUUCCUGAUGUUUUUUAUUAUCUUCACUGAUGCUUCUGAACUGACAUUUGGUAGAGCUGUUGGUAUGUCGUAAUUGUUGCUGCUUUAAGUGAAAUACAUACUACAAAGCUUUCCUGUUCGCUUUUCAUUUACAUCUGUUUGCGUGUGUGUGUGUUUCCAUAGCAGUUCCUUUGUGACCUUGGCAUGUUCUGGGCUUCGAAGUGUAGUUAAAGUUGCUCAAAAAAGAAGUUGCCCAGAAAAGAAGAUUAAUGAAUGGUUAUACAGUGAAUCGACACUGUGCUCCUUAACAAUCAUGGCUAAGAUGUGUUCAUGCUUAUUACUUUUUUUCACAUUUGCAUUUCAUUUCAUAGUAGUAUAGUGCUAGAACAUUGGGGUCUGCAUUUGGCGUCUGGAUUGUGGAGCAAUGUUUCUGCAAAAGAUUUAUAAAUGCUUUCAGGGUACUUGUUCCAACAGUUUCGAGCUCAGAUUGAGGUAGCUCGAAUUUAAAUAUAAUGAUUGGUUGUAAGCCAUUAAACUUGAGUCAGUGUUGUAAUUAGGGCUUGCUAGUGGUAGUGUGUCAGUAGCAGAAAAAUAAAGUGCUUAAUGUUGCCCUGUUUUUAACCCCUUAACUGACGUGACAAGAAACUGCACAUAUAUACAAGUGUGCAAAAACUGCAGAAAUUUCACAAUGAGUUAACUUGCUAUCGGCAUCAGAGGAUACUAGUUGUGAUGACACGAAACCUCGUCACCGGCAGUUGAGGGGUGCCCCUCAGUGAUAAAUUUUGAAAAACAUUUGUAAAAGUGCGUAACUUUUUUUUGCCCCAUCUGCAUAUUUUGCAGAAACUUUUUCUAAAAAAUAUGAUACCAGUAAUGCCUAUUGCAUUUUUACUGGUCUUGUUAGAAAAACACACACACACACAAAAAUAGAAAAAGUAAUCAGUCAUCAGCAGUAAGGCGUUCAAGGUUUCUUUGUCCACAUUUCAGGUUUUAUUGAUUGGUUUUAGAGAUGCAAAUCUCAGUUACUUUCUCAUCAUGCUGUCACUUUUCUGUCACUAAAAAGGAUUGAAAUCACAAAUCUAUUGCAAGUUCAGAACUCUGUAUUGCAUAUUUAUCCUUAAGCCUUCAGCAAGUUGCAUGUGUUAAUCACUGCCUCUUCCUUUUCAAACUGUUCACUUCCAAGUGUGUGCAAUGCAUGUAAUUUUCAUUGCUGUUGUCGUAACUACAGAAUGCUUGAUGUGGAUAGGGAACUUGCAUGCUAAAUGUGUUUAUGUGCUUUAUACAGUGUAAUCUUAUGCGUCCUGUUGUGUUUGACAGCGUAUCUUUAGUCAUUUUCAAGUGGCAUACUUACUGUAGGUACACAAUGAGUACAGUGAAAGAGUACAGAAUACAACUGAAAUGAGCAGAGAGACAAUGUAAAAAAAAGCUUUUUUCCACUUGUAGGGGCAGAGGAGUGAUUCAACGCCUUCGAAUGUCAGGCACAGAGUAGUUUUUAUCAGUGUUUUAUAAGCUGUUUGACAGCAUUGUACACCAUCUGGAGCUAUGUCCAGGGGUGUGUGCUUCCACUGUGCUGUUACAUAGUUUCAUACUAGUUAAGACCACAGAGUUUACACUGCAGUUUUUAUAUGCAACGUUAUAAUGAGAAUUUCAUAAUUUGUGUAGUUUAGGGGUUCACUUUACAGUUUAGGGAUCUGUAUGUGAUAGUGUUAGGAGCUUGUGGAAUUUAGGCACAUGCUGUCGUAAGCUGUGGAGUUCAGGCUUUAUGUAAUAUUGUAUGAAUACAUCUGUAUCGUUAGCUUGUUUCAGUAAUGUGACUGUAAGUUGCAUGGGUAAAAAAAAAUUUAUUGAAACUUUGUUAGUUAAGCUGAGCACAUUGUAGUGAGGUGUUGACUGUGUGGAAUUUAUUUUUGAUGCAUUUCCAUACAUCUGUUCCACACUGCAGAUUGCCCAUAUCGCCAGCGUGGUUGAAUCAUGUUAUGUGAACGCGCAGUAGCAGACGAAGUAAAACUUGCAUCUAUAUUGCUCAUAGCUGAACCUUGAAACAGCAAAACUAAAAAUAAUAGAGUAAGAGUUAUGUACUAUAUUAGAGCACUUUCUUGUCUACUUGUAACAUUUAAUGACUAUCAUAAAUUUUUGCAUUUGUACUCUUGUUUUAAUACAUGGAUAGAGCCUUUCUUUUUUGAUUAGAAUUGAAAACUUGGAAGUAAGCAAUUUAUGUGAAUCUAACAUCAGCUGUAGGGUGGAAUGCAGUCAAGUUAUUGUUAUCAUAUUUGCAGGAAUAAAAUGUUAAAGGAGAGGAGAUUCCCUGCUCUGAGAAAGUGGAGGGAAACAAUUUUUUUUGUGUGAUUAUAAUAUGAAUCACCAAUUUUUAAUGAAACUCUAGCCUUAGAUACCAAAUUUAACAUUUUAUUAUGGCAGUGGGAUGCAUGACCUGCCACUGAACAAUCAGCUCAAUCCACCUCAAUUUUCUUGCAAUUCUUUGAAGGUUGCUGCUUCUGCUGGGCCAGUGAGGUUAGAGAACUGGUUUGUGCACUGUAUCAUGAAGCUGCCUCACAUAGUUCUACUUCAGUUUGUUUGCACAUAGGAUCUUGCAUUUUUACGGAAGUUUGUGGUAGCACACUUAUACUCUGUUGUUUUAACUCUACAUGAAAGCAAAAGGCUGCCUUUUUUCCUCUGAGUUGUGUCAGAAUAAUGAGUGAAUGUGAAAUUAGUACAGAAAGGAUGUAAAGGAAAGCUUUUCUCCCAUUGUUGGGGCACUCGUCCAACACCUUUUUACUGGAUACACCCUGUGUUGCUAACUGUAUACUUUGCAGCCGUUCAUCAGGCUGUAUAAAGUUGCAGGCACCUAGCUAGCGGAAUGUCAAGCUAGCAGGAAAUGUGUUUAUGUCGAAAAUUUGCCCAGGAGCUUCCCAGAAACUGUUAUAAAGAAGUUGUUGUCCUUAUGAAUACAAGUCGGCUUGUGAAAACGUUGACUGCAGGUUAAGGCUUCCCUUGUUAUGGCCAUAGUUGAUCACUUCAGGUGAAAGCUCUGUGUUGUUUGAUUUCAUAUGCUAAAAAAAAAUAUAGUGAUUAUCAAGAAGAUCUUCACUGAGGUGACAAAUUUCAUGAACCACACUGUACUAUGAUGUGCAGGACAACCAGCAAAAGGGCCUAGAGUGCAGCUGGUGUGAGAUAGGUGUUGCACCAGCCACCAAUGCACAAGUCACUUUGUGUUGUGCAUGCAACUCAUGUGUUUAUUAUUUGUUCAGCAAAGUCAGCAAAUGGAUGUUACUGCUAGAAGGAACUUGCGGUGGAUUUCAUUGGUUGUUUUAGCACAGGUUUACUGCAGGUAUUAUACUUGUCAUUUAAAAUCAUAUCACUGUGGCAGAUUCUCUCAGACUCUGACUGACCCUUACAGUCACUGAUCCUCAGUUUUGGUUGAAAAUUUAAGUAAGCAUUGCGCAAGCUCCAUGCCUUGGAUGGAUGAGCUUGUGUAGCUGAGGGUUGAUGUAACUUAGCAAUGUCAUACAACUUCCUGGAAAACCAUGAUGUCUGCUUCUCUUGAUGCCAAGGACCUUAUUUUGGUGGUGGGAGUCAUUAAAAUGGUGGAUGAAUCAACCAAGUUGUAGCAUUGGUAAUAAUGUAAUGACAGUGAUGACGUGGUAGCCAUAUGAAACACUAUGGCAUAUGGCAAGCCUUUAUUAAAAAAAAGAAAGACUAUAACAAAUAAAAUGAGUGGAAAUUAGAGGUUGUUUCAGCAACUGGCUGCAUAUGGCAACAUCUGCAGUUGCCAUGGGUUUUUUUAAUGGCGGGCACAAAUUUGUAAAAUUCAAGCAUUUCACGUACACAAUUAAACUGCUGUAAAGAUAAAAUUAAAUCAUGUUUCUUGCAUUCAUUCAUCUAAGACAGAAAAUUUUGGCAGAGCGCAUCUCACGACGAAUGUCGACGUCAGUGCGAUUAUCACUGAAGGUAUGUAGCGACAGACCGCAUUGCCACCUCCGAAGUGUGUCGUGUACAGCCCCUUACAGGUAUUGCCAACUACUUGGUUCGAUUUGUCUUGCACAUAGCUAAACUCCUGCACCCUCUAACGAGUAUUUUGUCGAUGAAGCAAGGUUUUUCACUGCAAGGAGAAGCCUUUGCCAACUGGAAAAGGAUCCUCCUAUCAAGUCCUGUCUUAGCACUGUACUUGCCAAACAAGGAGACACGUAUUACAGCAGACACCUCCUCCUAUGGAUUGGGUGCUGUGCUACAGCAGAAACAGCAUAAUGGCAACUUGUCAGUGGUCAACUGUGCUUCCACGUUGCUCACCGUGACAGUGUAGCACUACAGCCAGAUAGAAAAAGGAGGCCUCGCUCUCAUCUGGGCUUGCAAAAGUUUUCGUGACUACCUGCUCCGCAGAUCUUUUUGACUAGAAAUGGACCACAAACCUCUCACCUCUCUCUUUGAAUCCAAGUCACUUGAAGAGUCGACUCCAUUGACUCAAGUGAAUGCGCAUGUGACUGGUGCGCUACAGCUACAACAUCGUCUACGUGCCGGGCAAAUACCGCAUUGUAGCCGAUGCUCUUCAAAAGUCACCUUUGAAAGACGCGACAUCAUCCGACUUGGCCGGAGAGAUCGAAGGCUACAUUAUGUGCGUGGUCUCAGCAAUUCCUGUCUCAAGUUUUUACUCAAGCAGCUGAAACAAGAACAAGAGUCUGACACCAUUUGUUCUCAACUACGCAGACUCGCUACCUCUGGUUGGCUAUCACGUUGAGACCUCAAUCCGAUGCUCAAAGAGUACUAGAAUCACAAAGACAGCAUUGCAGAUGCUAAUGGCGUCUUGAUGUUUAGUUCGCGUACCAUAUCACUGAUCAAAUUGCAAAGCCUAAUCCUUCAUCUGCUGCAUGAAGGACACUUUUGUCGACAAGUGCAGAGAAAGAGCAAAUGACUCAGUCUGGUGGCGAACGAUUGACGCCGACCUAGACAUGCACAUCAGAGCUUGCCGUAUGAUCUUACAAAGUAGAACGAACAGGAAAAUUCCUCUGCUUUCCACAGAGUUUGUGCAGUUUCGUGCAUGGCCCCAGCAGAGAGUUGCAAUGGACCUGUUCUGCCUUAAUGUAUACUGGUGGCUCAUCAUCAUAGACUAUCAUUCGAGAUUUGUCGAGAUGGCUCAGCUUGGUACUCUCAUAGCAGCAGUGGUGGUUGCCCACUGCACAUCUGUCUUCUUGAGGCAUGAGAUACCAGAAGUUGUAGUCACCGAUAAUGGACCACAAUUCUUGAAUGCUCCGAGGUCCGUUUAUUAAAUCUUUUCCUGCAACUACAACUUUGAGCAUGUGACAUAGAGCCCCAAGUACUCACAAAGCAAUGGUUUGGCGGAAGCUGCUGUAAAGAUACUUGACCAGUCUUUGAAGAAAACAGGAGACCCCUACCUCAUUUUGCUUGCCUACCAUUCAAGUCUGCUCAAGCAUGGUUACUGUCCAGCAGUGUUUCUGGUGAGCAGAAAAUUGUGCACAUCACAUCCGGCAGUCACUGAGACACUUCUUCCCCGGCUCCCUAAUUACAACAAGUUGCAGACGUUUGAAGAACAGUACUAUCGAAAGCAAAAGGUGCACUCUGGGGGUCGCCACGAGGCGUGCACCAUACCAGACUUACAGGACCAUGUGGAAGUCUGGAUCAUCGACUUAGGGGAGCCAGCCACCGUUUAGCAGUUGGCAACAGAACCUAGGUGUAUUAGGCUGUAGCAGAUGGCACAACUGUAAGACGCAAGAGGAAUUAUCUUGUCCCAUUGCCCUGAAGACCUUGGAGGAGAGGGAAAGAGGAAACUCCUGUGUCCCAAAUUGAUUCGUCGCAAGCUGCAUGUACCGAUCUGAUGUGCUACCACACAAAAGGCAGCAGAGGUGUCGUACUGCCGAAAAGACAGUAGUAUGACUGUCGACUCUUUCCGGAAAAAAAAAAAAGAUAUGCGACGUAGGUCGCCUUCUUCGAUGGCAGAGUCACCAACUCUCAGAAGUUGAAGUGAAUGAAGCUGAUAUGCCAUGGGCCUUGCGCCCAUGAUGCAUUCUGUCCAAUAGCACAUACUCAGUGGUCCAAGUUGAGUUAAAGAGAUCCAUUGAAAAGCAUUACGUACCCAAUGUCAUGUACAGAGUGACCCAGGUUGGUCCGGUGGCUGGUUUCAAACCGAGUUCCUCUGCACAACAGCCAGAUAAUUUACCCAUUAGACCAUGGGCUAUCCAGCGACCCAAGUUGGCAAGAAAACGGUUAGAGACCCAACCUGACAGAUAGAUAGGCAGACAGUCCCCUAAAAGUGCAUGAAGUUCCUAAAGAAUUAUAAUUGGAUUAAAAUGAAUUCUGUGACAAAAACUACAAGGUGAUAUGUAAUAAACGAGAAGAGAUGGGGUUAACCGAGGGUCCCGAUUUUUAUUAGUGAUAUCAUGAGAAGCCAACAAACACUGACACCAAGGACAACAUAGGGGAAAUUACUUGUGUUUAAUAAAUGAAAUAAAGAAACCAUAAAUUAAUGGAAAUUAAAGUGGAUGAAAAAACAACUUGCCGCAGGUGGGAACCGAACCCACAACCUUCGCAUUUCGCGUGCGAUGCUCUACCAAUUGAGCUACCGCGGCACUGUUUCCCCAUCCACUUUCUUGGGUAUUUAUGUGUCCUAGUAGAACCCUGGGAGUGUUAGCCAGCGCCAUCACUCACAUACCUUGGCGGCUGACGUGGAACGUCUUUCUUGCCGCAGGCGUCACGAGAACGUGAUCUUUUUAGGUGAAGGCAACUGGUCAAUAAACCCACACAUGCUACCUGAAGUCAUCAAUGUUGCCGGAUUCCCAUCAAGCAGCUUAAGAUCUGCUUGAUGGUCCUGUUUAGAAAAAUUGCGGAGUGAGAUUUCUGGGAUGAAGAAAAUAAGGUCAUGGUUAAUGAAUCUUAGCUGUAAUUAAGGAACAGUUUCACUUAGGCUGCUGUUCAGCAUAUGUUUCUCUUCUUGUUUUUUUAUGAAUAUGUAUUUUCUGUAAUAGGACUCACCUUUAACACCUGCAUUGUGAUUUGUCAGAAAUUAGGAGCCCUUACAGUAUUGUUCACAGGUUCAUGUCACUGCCUACAUUAUGGGUAGUUUGUGCAUGUUUUUGGCAUCUUGUGCUUGUCUGUCCCAUGUUGGCAUAUUAUUGUAUUUUUUACCUGACAUCGAAAUAUAAUGGUGCUGAUCAGUAGCACAGUUGUCACUACAUUGCUGAAAGCCAUGCCUCUGCCAUAUUUUACACCGAAAGUAAUAGAUAUCACCACAGUCUCCCUCCCAUUUAGAACUGCAUUUAAGCACUUAGCCUCUAACAUUGGUGUUAAUUGUCUGUGGUUGUCUAUAAGGCUGUGGAACAAAUUUCAUCCUAAACAGGAAACAACAUUGAGCCCUGCAGUUGCAUAGUGUUUUGUGUGAGAAGCAGUCUUUUACUUUUGACUGACUUUUCUGUCAGCCAAGAAUUGCAUGCAGCUAAACUACACAAGGCCAUUGGUGGGUUCUAAAUGAUGUGAGAACAUUUGUAAUCAGCACGGUUCUGGGAUACGAUACAGUAAUAACUACUUAUGACCACAGGAUGUAACCCAGCUGCUACCACAUUCACUUCACUGUUCUUUUUUGGCUAUCUGUUCUUUCAAAGUGUAUGAAUAGAUGAGCAAUUCUCUGUAAUGUUUUAAUUUACUAAUUAAAUUGCUGAGACCUGUUCUUUCCUGUCACCAAUUCUGCACGUGAAGUCUCCUUAACCUGCUAUGCUCCUAAAAAAGUUUUUAUUAAUUAAUAACAACAUAUGAUGUCCACCUGAGUAAAUCUGUGUUUGGCAGAGGAGAGGCCCAGAGUUCAUAUAUAAUAGUAUAAUAAAGUAGCAGUAAUGGGUGGUGUACGCUUAUCACACUUAAUGCCCUAUUAAAGAAAGUUAUUCCUUGUAUGCCAGUCAUUACAAACCUGCUUUUGUGUAUCAUAUCUUUUGAACUUGGAGCUUCACAGCUUGUCUGAUGGAAUGUUCUGAGCGGAUUUCCCAAUUUCAUCGCCCGGAAAACAUCUCUAUGAGGUUUGAACCCGUCCUCCAUGAAACUCAUUGAAAGCCUGGUGCUGCCUCCCAUGUCAAUGUACUGAAUGCCUGAUACCAAAGUGUUUGUUCAGCACAAGUAAACUGUGACCAAGUUCUUUCAUGCAGAAUUGCCUGUUCAGUUUACUUGAGACAGUGUCCUCGAAAUGUGUGCAUAGGCAACUGCUUUGUGCUGUCACACUUUCCAUGGAAAUUAAUGAUGGUGUACUAGCUCCAUGACUAUGCCCAAAAGAAUUAUGACAACCCAAAUGCACUGAAAAUUUUACAUACCUACCAACUUUUACCAUUUUUAUUGUAAAAUGCCCGAUGUUUUAGAUCUUGUUUGAAUUAUUGUAUUGACACUAAUAAUGCAGCCAUUUUUUAUUUGCAGCUAGUAGUCUAUGGCAAAACUUAAUUCUGAAAGGAUACAAAUACAGGCACUCACUGAUUUUUGAUAGCCAGAUUUUUCGAAUCCCUCGAUUAUAUCCCCUCGAUCCCUCUACAUAAAGCUACAGAAACAAUGCGUAGCAGCAACCAAGAUUUCUGACACUGUUAUGUGAAUAUUUAAUGAAUACAUUUCAUAAAUAUGUGUGGUGCAGACCAUUUUUGCUGAGACUGUAAAGCAGAGUGCAUGUUCACAGCAUCCCUGCAAAACAAUGCUUUCGAAUCUUUAAAUGGGCCCUGAAACACUUCUCUAACAAAUUAUAGAAUGGCCUCACUAUUGAAGGGCGUCUCACAAAUCUCACACCAGACAUUAUAUUUUCGUGUCCUCCAACUAUAAGUGGAGUAACCACAUCAAUACCUGGCGUCCCCUCUCUUUACGUCUUCACUAGCGAGCCGGAAACUAUACUGUGAGGGCAAAGCCAGGGGCUUUGCCCUCCUGAAAGGGCUUAUCACCAGAAAGGCGAAAGGCUCAUCACCAGAAAGGCAAAAGGGCUCAUCACCAAAAAGGCGAAACGGCUCGUCAUCGCACCCCGUGGCGGCCACAGUAGCCUAUGCUACGCAGCAUGGUGCUUCCAUCUUGGAGGCCACGCACAGCAGCUGCCACUACACACAGUGCAAAGAUGAAAUUAUUUUUCUGUCAUUUCGAGAUUGUAGACAUUAUAUUUUUCAUUAACUUAAAAUUAGCAAUUAUAUACUACUAAAAAUGUUCUCGCGAUCACGAAAACGAGGGAACAGCAUUGGCGGGCCAACUGCUUUCAAUGACGACAUUGUGAAUGCAAGAGAAAGCAACUCUUCGCCACUUUUGACAUGAGAUUGUAAAUUCCCUGCUGCAUGCAGUGCAGUAUUAUUUGGGUCACAUGUUCACAGGAGCCUCGUUAACAAAUUGGUAACAAUUUUUUAUGCUCGAAAAGUGUUUCAGGGCCCCUCAACAUAUUGAGUAAUCAAAUAAUUUUAUUAUUCUGCACCAAAUUUUAGUAAUAUUUAGGUGUGGCUCCAUAGUACUGUCAAAUUCUAAGAGUGGCAGGGCUGUUUUUGGUGUGUUUUCACGAUAGUGUGACUCGUGCAGGCAGUGUAGGGCCUUUUGUUCAACCUGGCUAAAGCCCUGUCAAAGUUUUUCUUGAUUUACUUGUUUUUGGGCAUUGAUACAACUGAGUCUUGCGUAAGAUGAACUAUGCUUAGCUGCUUCAGCUGCUUUUACUUCACGUGCUAAAUAGUUAGCUGCCGGUUGUAAGUUUCAUUUCUUAGUGGAAUUUAACAUAAAUUUAUGUCAUAACAUCCAUCGCACAGUUGCAUAGCACAUUAGUGCCUGUCUUAUUGCAAUUCUUGCCCGUUACCAGCUCACUUAUUAGCCUCCUCUUAUGAGGCUGUUAUUGACCCUCUUCAUUAUGUCAAUGGUGUUGACUUGUGAAGGUUUAUGUAUCACCUGAAUUGGGCUUGGCGACAAUUUUGUUCUCCCAUUUCAGCAUCUCAGUCUUUUAUGGUGUUUGCUGAUUAUCUUGAUGUUCCUUGUAUUGCAUACUGGAUGAUGAAAGUCCCCCGCAUUGGCUUGUGUGUACUGGAGAAUAAGAUGCACUCACAAAUACAUUGGUAUGUGUAGUCAUAACCAACUGAGUUUUGAAGGCCUUGCACUUGCCACAUAGAGUAUUCCCCCCAUUGAGACUAAUAUUCUUUGUAGUAAUCCAGGAAUAUUGUUUUGCAUACGGUGCUCUCACAGUGAUAAGAAUAAGAAAGCAACCAUUAUUUAUGCAGAAGCUGCACAGAUAAACGAGUAGGUGGCAUGGAAGAUGCGAAUGCAAAGAUGAUGGGACAGUGCAUUUUUGUGUCUUCUUUUUCACCAUGUGUCUCCCAUUGGUUUAUAUUUGUGUGAUUGCCUGUGAAUUCUCAACUCUACUAAACACUAUCAUGACAAAUUGCAGCUCAGACAAAAAAAAUGUUUAAAGACUCUUCUGGUGUCUCAGAUUACCUACGUCAUUCUGAAAUAUAUGCUAGGUUAUUUUUGUUUCUCAUAAAUUGCAUAAUGUUCACUUUAAAUAAGACACCUCCACCAAUUUUAUGGGUGCUUUAUUGCGAUGGAGAGUGCAGCACUUACAAAAGAAGUGUACAUAAAAAACAUAUUGAGUGCAUGUUUGUUAUUACAGGCUGUCUAAGUAUCCUUGAAUUCAAAAUUAUGAGUACUAAGUGGCACAACGGUUGUCACUUGUCACUAUGUCCACUAUAUAUCUUUGCUUAAACUGUACACUCCUUUCGAUGGCAGCAUACUUGAAAAGUAUGACCAAUUUAGAUUGCAGAUUUGCGUAAUACUGUUUUUGAUGUUGUGAGCUAAGUCUCAAUGCUUCAUCUGAUGUGAAUGCAUAUUUUAAUACAUCUGAGCUAUCAGAACUGAACUACAGCAUCCCAUGUAAGCACUGAGGCCAUACAAUAUUUUUAUACCGAGAUGCUGCAUUCUGGGAAAGAAUCUUUUGCUGAAGUAUUAUAUUAUUUUACUUCAUUAUAUUUUUACACUGACCUGCUACUGUAUUUUAGUGUAGUCAUUACAUUUUGUUAACUGUUUCAGUUUGAAUCAAAAGGUGAAGACCUUGUCGCUGGGCCUGCUGUUGUAGUGGUGUAUUUUGCAGCCGAUUGAAUGUUUUUUUAGAAGUUGUUGCUAUUAUACUACUUGUUAUCUUUUUUCACAAUGUGUGUAGGCAUGUAUUUCAAUACGGUGGUCAUGUUGUGGCCAUUCUUAAAGGGACACUAAAGAGAAACACUAAAUAUGAUUAAUAAAGCAAUGAAGGGGGCUAGUUGGUGGAUGUUCAUGAUUACACUGCACUUAGUGUUACACUUGACAAUUUAAGUAUAGGACAGGACGCGGACGUACAUCCGCGUCCUGUCCUUCGCUUAAAUUGUCAGUGUAACACUGAGCACAGUAUAAUCAUGAACUAAAUAUGAUUACACUGAUAAAGGCAUUCUUUCAAAACUUUAUAUCGUUAAUUUCACACUAAUAUAUAGUUUAUUAAAAGAUAAAAUGAAGGUCAAAGUUCUAUUUCUGUAAUUUCACGCCGAAACUCCAGCACCAGUGUAUGUCAGUGUUACAUCAUGGAUUUCAGAGCAUUGUUUUUUAUACUAGAGCCGCCAUGGCUUAAUUAAAGUUCUUGAGUAUUGUUAGGUUCCCUCUUUCACUCUUUUAGAGUACAAUGGAGUCCAUCACUACCGAUAAAGAAAAACGAACUUGGCCCAAGUAGAUGACAUUGAAAUCUAUGAAAUCAUGGCAAGCCAGCGCGGAAACUUCAAGAUGGUGUUGCCAGCUUUAUCUCUACCUUUUUGUUACUGUUAGAACCGGAGUAACAGUGGUUAUAUCUUAUAUUUGUACUGUAAAAGGGUAAUUCACUAAUACAGCUCAAAUAAUUCUUUUUUUUUUUAGUGUCCCUUUAAUAUAUAUUCACUGGUUUGGGUUUUCAGAAAUAUUUUUUAUUUUGCUGAAUAAAUGGUUAACACUGUA